CCUCACGUGGUCAAUUCAGACUAUCCCGGGAAAUAUGAACUCUUCUUCGUAGUCUUCUCUUGUGAGGCAGGAGGCUAUGGAGAAGUGCAUACACCCUGACUGUGCUUGUGUUGGAUAUAAGGAACCUGCUAACACGAAGGGGACUUUACUUAUCCUAAGACGAGGCUGCUCUGAUUGUGGUCACAUGUCCUCGGACCAUCGAAAACUGACGUCAGUGGAUACACUCAUUCGUAAGGAGGUGGGAGCUGCCGUCUCUAAGAGGUGUGUGCAUCAGAUUCCUGUCCUAGAUGUACCCCGAAGUCCUGUGUUCGGAUCACAUGAUCCCAUACAUUUGCCGUGGGGCGAUUUUGCACAGGAUUGCAGUGUAGUGUGCACCUGUACAGGGUUCAAGACCUCAAACCUGAUCAGUAUUCAGCAGUCGUUCCAGAGGGUGGGGCAAUCCAAAGUAAAGGAGGAGCUUGGACACAUUCCCUGCAAGUUCUGUCAUCAUCCUCUUUCAGCACACAAAGGUGGAGAGCCUGUGGGUGUGUCCAAUGGGCACUCAGAGAUCACCACUCUAGGACGACUCAAAUUAAAGAGCUUUUCUCAACUCAAAAAACUCACAACACCCUGUGCUCUUACACUCGACCACAAGAAACAACAAUUUGUUUUUGUUUGUCUCCGUUCCUCUACUGAAAUUGUUGCUCUCAUCUCUAACUGGAACACUCGGCGGACAAUGGUAUGUAGUGACAUGGUCGCCAUGGAUACAUCGGGUUCUAUUCCCAUGGAAACAACGGAGGCGGCUGUUGUGGAAACGGCUAAAAAGACCAAGGCUAGGAGGAGAAACAGUGGUAGUGUGCAGAGUAGUGGUGCUGUGCGAAGGAGCGUGCGGGUAGAGGCCAGAAAAAUUGCAUUAAAAGAGCGUUUGGGAGGUUCUACAAAAGAGCUAAAACCGGAAGUGAUUGUGCCGAUUGAAGGUACAGUGAGGUUUAUGGAGGAGCUGGGAGAGUCGGAUAAUUGGAGAAAGUUGGGAGAUUUGCCAGAGGCCCUCACUGAGUCCACCAGUAUGGUGUGCUUGCCUACUAGCAAUGGUUUGAUGCUAGCAGUGUCCAGUCAGUCUGGCGGAUGGGUGGGGUCAGUCCCUGGAGAGGGGGAGGUGGUCUGGUCAACCCUAGAGCAGAACAACUACACUUGUACAUCGUUAGUGGAAUCUCCUGAUGGUGUACUAGUUGCCAUGGGUACAAACAGAAAGGAGGUGAUUGUAUGGAGGGUCGAAGUAAAUCAAAUGAAUACGUCAGUUGAGGUCAUAAACAAAUUUCAAGAACCUUCAUCACAAGUGACUAUCGUAAAGUGGGCUUCCAGUGGCAGAAUGCUCGCUGUUGGUUGUUUCCAUGGUGAUGUCCUCUUGUACUCUUACGGUGAGAAUGAGCUCAGUUUGUUUCAAACAAUGCGUGUGUGUAGGAGCAGUGUGACAACAUUGACCUGGUCUGAGGACAACCGAAUGUUGGCGGCUGGAGGAAGUGACGACUGUGUCCAGUUGAUUUUAUCCCCACCACCACCAACGACUAGCCCACUAGUUAACCAACAAAUGCCAAACCUUUUCAACUACUUUGAGAGGUUAGAUGGACCGAAAUUCCAGCACACGCUAACACUGAAAGGUCACCAAUCCUUUGUCGCUGAUCUCCACUUCACCCGAUCACAGCUCCUCCUCUCCCUCGGCUGGGAUGGACAACUGCUCGUGUGGAGCCCCUCACAACACCCACACCCUCACACUGUGGACUCUGACCCCGUGGGUGGGUUCAAAAUUGGACCGUCAAUGGAGACUAAAUUUCUACCACUGGCUUUGACAGCUGUGGACAAUGGACUCCUAGUUGUCAUUAGAGACAAACACUCGACACUUUCAGUCACUCAUUAUUCGUUGUUUGUGGAAUGAGAUAUUUUUAAGACUCAGUGGUGGACUGAUAGUAUACAAUGUAAUAUGUUUAGUAAAAGUCAGAUUAAUUUCAGCAUUUAAAAUUUAAUAUAAUUAUGUACAUAUUGUCUGA